GGCCCAAAAUGGUGUGAGUAGAUAAGUUAGUUAAGGACCGUUGAGAAGAAAACCGCAGAAGUAAGAGACUUUCAUUAGUCCAAAAUUACUUUGAACUUUUGAAGAGAGUGGUUUCUAAUGGCGUCAAUGGCUGUUUGUUAUUCCAUAGCUACAUUAUCUUCUACGAAACCUUUGCUAUCUCACAAAAAUACCACCUCCAUUGCCAACCUCAAAUCCCAUGAAAGGACCUUGCAAUCUUCACUUGUGGGUACAAAAAUAGCCAUUAGCAAAACAACAAGACCAUUGAGCAGCAGGAGGCUCGGAACAUCCAGUUCUGAGAUCACUUGCUCAGCUUCUGCUUCUCCUCUUCCUUCGGCUCUUCUCUUUGAUUGCGAUGGCGUGCUUGUCGAUACGGAGAAGGAUGGCCACCGCAUUUCUUUCAAUGACACUUUCAAAGAGAAAGAAUUGGGUGUUACUUGGGAUGUAGAUUUGUACGGCGAGUUGCUCAAGAUUGGAGGGGGAAAAGAAAGGAUGACAGCCUAUUUUAACAAGACGGGUUGGCCAGAAAAUGCUCCGAAAAGUGAAGAAGAAAGAAAAGCAUUCAUAGCUUCACUUCACAAGAGAAAGACAGAGUUGUUUAUGGCCCUUAUUGAGAAAAAGCUGCUGCCGCUUCGGCCAGGAGUUGCAAAGCUGAUAGAUCAGGCUUUAGCAGAAGGAGUUAAGGUUGCUGUGUGCAGCACUUCCAAUGAGAAGGCGGUCUCUGCAAUAGUUACAUUCUUGCUGGGACCAGAACGGGCAGAAAAAAUCAAGAUAUUCGCAGGAGAUGUGGUUCCCCGGAAGAAGCCUGAUCCAGCCAUCUAUGUAUUGGCGGCUAACACUCUUGGUGUUGAUCCUUCAAGUUGUGUUGUGAUAGAGGACAGCGGCAUAGGCCUUGCAGCUGCCAAAGCUGCUGGAAUGAAGUGUAUAGUAACUAAGAGCGGAUACACAGCCAAUGAAGACUUUCUGAAUGCAGAUGCAGUCUUCGACUUCAUUGGAGAUCCGCCGGAAGAGCGAUUUGACUUGGCAUUCUGCAGAAGCCUUCUCAAGCAGUACGUGAGCUAGCUCAUAUAGUUUUCAGCAAUUAUCUGUUCCAUCAAAAAUUCCUUGGAUGGUGAUCAGGGUUUCAGCUAAGACAAUAAAUAAAUGCCACCGCAUUUUGUUGCAGUCUUGAUGUAUAUUAAAGUAUAAAUUAGCAAUUCUCAAGCAGACAAAGUUUUCAUUGGUGAAUCUCUGGAUGAAGUAUUAUAAGGGGCUUUUGGAAUGAUCUUAAGCUAUGAAUUUCUUUCACGCUGGUCCAAUGUUAAUUUCUAUAUUUAUCACAACAGGUUGUUGUGAGAUGAA